CCCCCCACACACAAAAAAAAAAAGAACAAAAAAAAGCAAGCAAUUAGCGGCACCCAUCAUGCGCAGGCGAAGGCAUCGCUUUUCUCUACUUUCUAUAAGCUUUACACAGCCCGUCUUUGUAUUAUUAGCACGACUAUUCUACUCGGCAUAGCCCUAUCAUCAACCUUAGAUAACACUCUCUCUCUGAGCCGAUCGAUGAGACUGCCUCCUCCUCCUCCUCCUCCUCGGACCUAGCACUCAAAAAGCAAAAGAACGGCGAGAUGAGCUCAUGAGCUGCUGCUUUUGAGACUCCCCAUGGAGUACCGCUGCGCCUCCUGCCACCGGCAACGCGUGCUCCGAUGUCGGCCCCUUCGUGUAUGGAGAGGGGGGGGGACUCAUGCACACAUGACCUCACCAUGUGCCCCUUCCUAAAGACGCCUUUGUCGGCACUUCGCGAGCGCAAAAGUAAGCCCCGUUCCUCCUCCCAAAGAAACCGACCGAUUCCGUUGCGUUGUUAAGUGCUGCAGUUGAAGUGCUUGUGAGAAUGCCGCUGUGAUUGGAAUUUAUGUAUGUGGGGUGGGCCCAUUCCCCUGUUCCGAGUAAACAAACCUCAGCACCGAUUCAUGAUGAUCAUGGUAUACGUGGUAUGCGUCGGAUCAUCACAUGAUCACCGUAAGUUGCCUCUGAAACAUGAAAGAUUAAUCAGGUAUCAUUGCAUCAUGAACUGUUCCAGGAAUAAAGGCUUUACUGCAACAAAGUCGAGAAACCUAUAGUGUCUUUGAACUCAUCCACUUGGAGGUUGUCUGACCAAAGUAGUAUUCAUAUGAAUUAUGGAUAUAUCAUUAUUCUUUUUCCCACCCAUACAAGCUGUACGCUAACAUGGUUCCUAGUUAUGCCAUAAUUGAUUGUUGUUAUUCAUGAAGAAGAUGGCUCAAACAAAAAGAAGAAUUCACGAGUGCUGGUGAGAAAAGAAAAUGAGCUAAUGGAUGGUAGAUUGACCAUAUAUGAUGUGUUUCGUACACACCAUCCUUUCAUGCUGCUGAUACUUCUAAAGGUGCUCUCUUGUCUCUUUGGCCAUCAACUUCACUACUACCGCACCAUCUCACAUCCUUGUUUCUCACAUUUUUGCCCAUAUAACAAAGACAAGUUUUGUCACAACGCAGUGUAGACACAGAGACAGCGAAUGAUCUACAUGCUGGGACAACUGGUUGUGGUUUUGGCACGAAUGGUUUGGUUCUCCUGGUUGUUGAUUCUGUGGAGUAUUACCGCAUAUAAUUCUCCGGCACGGCAUAUAUUACGUAGGCAUUCUUAUUUUACUUCUGCCUUAUGUAGGAGUUGUCUGGGGCAUCUUUUCCCUCAUGCACCUGAAAUGCAAAGGCAAAGUGCAUUGGGAUUUGUUUGGCAUGCCUGCGGAGCCUACUAAAUUAUUCUGUGGGAGCGUGUUGACGGAACCUUAAAUACUUCAUAGCUCAGCAGAUUGGGAAUGAGAAGAUUGUUGUUUGUCUUCUGUCGUCCAAGGCAGGUAGUAGCAGAGAAGAAGCAGAGUUUCCCGCUGAAGCAGCUGCGUAGCCUGUUUCUCUGAUAGACAAUCACAGGGAUCUGAUAGAUUCUGACGAGUGCAACGGGAAGCAAUCAACAUCAGUACCCAACAAAUUGUCAGCAGACAGAGGACAGCCCAAUUUCUUUCCUUGCGGUUCCAAACCAACAGGUCUGGUCGGUCCAAUCAAUCUCAGAAAACGCUAAUGGAGAUGUUUCUGAGGAAGGAUGACAAAGAAUGCAUGAAGAUGAUGAUGCUGAAGCAUGAAGAGACCUUCAGGCAACAGGUCCAUGAACUCCAUCGCUUAUAUAGAGUUCAGAAGUUUCUGAUGAGAGACAUGAAGAACAAUGAGCUGAAGAGACAGAGGCUCGUCAACCGCACUCGGUUUAACCUUGGUGAUCGAGACGCUGGCACAGUCUCGUGCCUACUGAGUGAAAGACACCGUGAACGGAGGCCACGGCGUCGGGUACUUGAUCUCGAACUUCCAGCAGAUGAAUACAUAGAAAGAGCAGAAGAAGAUACGACAUUGGAGUUGGAACAAGAGAGUGACAUAGAACUGACGCUGACGGUGGGAAGCAGCUGGAGGAAGAGGGAAGAGGCAUCCUUCACUUCUGAUUCUGGAGCAAGCUUUUCCUCAUCAUCAGCCGAGUCUGGAGGGCUAAAGGUGAGUGCACAUAGAUGGGAAACACGGCAGACGGAAGAUGCCAACAUUAGCUACGACAAUGGCAUUAAGGAUUGCCACGAGUUGGAAGGCCCGAGAGAUGAAAGACUAAAGCAGCCGUCUUGGCACUUCCAGUGUUUGAGUCUUAGGAUGACUUGAUGUAAGCUUUUUUAGAUGCGCUCGUAUGUCUCUAAUUAAAGGAGUCGGUGGAAAUGGGUUGAUGCCUGAGAACCCCAA